GAUCACGUGACGGGGCCGUAUCGACAAGAGCUCCAUCACAAGACUCUCGCAGCAGACGGAAAGAUGGCAAGUCAGAGCCAAGGUGUCCAGCAGCUCCUCGCCGCCGAAAAGAAGGCCGCAGAAAGGGUCGCCGAAGCCAGAAAGCGCAAAGCACGUCGGUUAAAGCAGGCUAAAGAUGAAGCCCAGGCUGAGAUUGAAAAAUUCAGACAGGAGCGAGAACGUCAAUUCAAAGAAUAUGAAGCUAAGCAUUUAGGAUCGCAGGAUGAUAUUGCCCUAAAGAUCAAGAAUGACACUCAUAUUAAGAUUGAUGCCAUGAACAAGCAGGUUGCCUAUAAUAAGGAAGCCGUUAUCAAGCGCAUCUUGCAGCUCGUCAAUGACAUCAGGCCAGAAAUGCACAUCAAUGCUAAGAAGGAAGAGUGAAGAGAAACCGCUUUCUGCUUCUCCGGCUUAGACUCCAUGAUCAGUGUCUAGGAAGACAGAUGUCUAGUAGAAUAUGUGUGUGUAUGUACAAUUUGAAAUGAAUGUAUCUUGUUUGCAUCAUUCAAGUACUUUUGUUGUGGUUCAGUGGGAGAUUCAGGUUUUAAGAGUAAUUUUGAGUAUUGUAAGAUUUUUUUAAUUUUUUUUUUUCCCUUUGUACAUAGAUAGAUUUUCCAAGUCUGCUCUCUUUGGGGACAUCUUUAUUACAGAAUUAUAGAAUUGUGUUGUUAGAGAGUUGGGCAAAAAUUUCAGUUCUUUACCAGUUGUCAGAUGAAAGAUAGCAUUGUCUUUGAAUUUAUUUUUAUUUUCAUUCACGGUAGAUUAUCUUGAAUUUACAAACUUGAUUGUUUUAUCGUAGUUGCUGGACUAAUUAACAAAGCACAAGUUGGUUGUUGUCUCAAAGGUUUAUUUGAUCAAGAUUAAUAAUUCGUACUUAGUAAGUACAUCACAUUCCAUGAUGUUUUGAAUACUCUUCUGGUGUUGUGCAACUUGUUUAUAGUGUAAAAUAAAAUAUGAGAUAUUUA